AUGGUAGUUGUCGCGACAAAUAAACGAGAUUUGUCCCAGUCGAUGGAUACCUGCUUGACUCCCUUAGACUGGCUUAUGCCUCAAGUAUACGUCAGCCAGAUUUUAUGCUUCCGAACCAACAACCAUCACGCCUUCGAAGUCCUGAGGGACGGCCUGCGCGGAAUAGUUCAGGAUGUUCCGUAUCUACUAGGCGGAGUGGCGGGCCAGGUGACCCCAAGAGGGUCGAUACAACUGGUGGAACCAUAUCAGACUGUCGAUGACCUGCUAUCGACAGAGGAUCUCUCGGAGUCGCUAGAUUACGCUUCACUCCAAGCAAGUCAUUUCCCACCCUCGUCGCUCAGUGAUCCCGCCAUCAGACCGCCGGGUACGACGCCCCCAUACCCAACACCGGCGCCCGUGCUGCGUGCUCGGUUAUCACUAGUCAAAGGCGGCGCUCUCUUGUGUGUCGCGGUGCAUCAUGGCACAACGGACAUUACCGGCAUCGGUGCCUUGCUCAAGCUCUGGGCUGCGCAUUGUCGGGCAAGGUCUUCAGCUGCUGUGCAGUUUGACCGAUCUUGCUAUGACCGCAGUGAAUUGUUUCGAGCGGCAGUGACAGACCCAAACAACUCAGGCCCCCUCGUUACCCCCGAGCUCGUCCAUGUUCUCGAUGGGCUCGAGCAGCCAAAGGCGAAGAUAGAUGGAGCGGUCUAUGUGACUAGGAUCUUGCAUUUCUCUCAAGCUCUCUUGCAGGACUUGAAGACGAUUGUGAAUGAGCAUGUGCGUUCCGUGCAAGGCCCCAUUAAAUGGGUCUCGACCAGCGAUGUCCUUACCGCCAUCUUGUGGAGUGCCACGGUUUGGAUGAAGGGCAGCAGUGAUGCCCAUGAUGAUGAGUUGGCGGACAAGUCGAAAGUACUCUGCACAAUAGGCAUUCCAGUCAAUUUCCGCACACAUCUCAAUCCGGCACUGCCUCCAAACUACCUCGGCGCGGCCUUUGCCAUGACUACGGCUUCUGCGACCCGCGCAGACCUUUGCGUGGCAUCAACAGAAACCUGUUCGACGGAUUCUGCUUCAUUGAGCCAAGACUCCGUGUCGAGCUUGGCAAGAAUCGCCACAGCCAUUCGCACCUCCCUGGGCCGGGUGAAUGAUGCCAGCGUCAAAGAUGUACUGCGCUUCGUGGCAGCUCAGCCAGACACUACGCGCAUCAAGCUGGGACCUCGCCACAAUGGCAUCUCGCUCGUGUCGUGGGCAGACCAAGGCGUCUACGAGCUAGAUUGGGGCCAUGCCCUGGGACGCUGCGACGCCGUGAGACUACCCCGGAUGGCAAACAAGCGGGACCCCAUUGUGCUACCGCGCGUUCCGGAGAUGCAAGGCGUGCCAGCGGGUCUCGAGGUGAUUGCUAGCUAUGAAAUGGAGGCAAUGGAGCGGUUUUGUCGGAAUCCAUUAAUUCAACGCUUUGCAUCUGUCAGAUGUUGA